UUGCUCGGGUUUGGGGGCGCCCUGCAUGCGCUUGUCGACCUUGUUGACGAUGGGAUGGCAUGGGAGGUGGUUAAGAAGUCUGUCCUGGUGUUGAAAGGGAUAAGGAAAGGAGUUCAUUCAAUAAAUGUGGCAACUGAUUAUGUGGCAGUCGCCAAAGAGAUAUGUAGCAGGUGUGACUAUUUAGUUGCCACAAAGGCACCAACUACUUCUUGGUCCGCUACCACAGCAGGAUUCCUUCAGCGAAAUCCAAGGGAAACAUCAGGAAUAAUGCCACAGCCUUCUCCAUUUGAGAUUGGUGGAAAGUUGACCAACAAACCGAAGACCCCUUCAAUUGCUCUUUCGACCUUUACCGAACUACAUGCAGAUCCAUUUGACGACAAUUAUUAUCACAUGGAUCGACCUCCAAUCAAUGACAUGUGGAUCAACAAUGAAAACAAGUUGCCAUUCUCAUAUCCCACACACUAUGGAUCAAAUGAAACCUAG